GCAGACGCAGGUCUGGGUGCCGCCCGCCUCCCUCCCGCACCCCAUCCCUCUCCGACCUGUCGGGCUGGGGCCACGGCCGGGUCCGGGCAGGCCCGCAGCUGCCGGCUGCCGGCUGCGGGCUGGGCAGGGAGCCCGGGGAGCCUGGGUCGGGGCGCAUGGCGCGCUCGCUGGCGGGCCGCUGCUGCCCAUGGUGCCUGACGGAGGAUGAGAAGGCGGCCGUCAGGAUCGACCAGGAGAUCAGCCGCCUCCUCCUGGAGCAGAAGCGGCGCGACCGCGGGGAGCUCAAGCUACUGCUGCUCGGCACCGGUGAGAGCGGCAAGAGCACAUUCAUCAAGCAGAUGCGCAUCAUCCACGGCGCGGGCUACUCGGAGGACGAGCGCCGCGGCUUCCGGCCGCUGGUCUUCCAGAACGUGUUCCUGAGCAUGCACACGCUGCUCGAGGCCAUGCGCGGCCUGGACAUCGCCUUCGCGCGGCCCGACAGCCAGCACUACGCCAGCCUGGUCCUGAGCCAGGACCCCUACAAGGUGACCACGUUUGAGAAGCGGCAAGCGGUGGCCAUGCAGUGGCUGUGGAGGGACGCGGGUGUGCGGGCCUGUUACGAGCGGCGCCGUGAGUUCCACCUGCUCGACUCGGCUCUGUACUACCUGUCGCAGCUCGAGCGCAUCACGGAGGACGGCUACGUGCCCAGCGCCCAGGACGUGUUGCGCAGCCGCAUGCCUACCACCGGCAUCAACGAGUACUGCUUCUCGGUGCAGAAGACCAACCUGCGGAUCGUGGACGUGGGGGGACAGAAGUCGGAGCGGAAGAAGUGGAUCCACUGCUUUGAGAACGUCAUCGCCCUGAUCUACCUGGCCUCGCUCAGCGAGUAUGACCAGUGCCUGGAGGAGAACAACCAGGAGAACCGGAUGAAGGAGAGCCUGGCCUUGUUUGGGACCAUCCUGGAGCUGCCCUGGUUCAAGAACACCUCGGUCAUCCUCUUCCUCAACAAAACCGACAUCCUGGAGGAGAAGAUCCCCACGUCCCACCUGGCCACCUACUUCCCCAGCUUCCAGGGCCCGAAGCAGGACGCCGAGGCGGCCAAGGGCUUCAUCCGCGACAUGUACACCGGCCUGUACGCCAGCAGCGCCGACGGCGCGGACGGGACCCCCAGGGGCGCGCGCUCCCGCCGCCUCUUCAGCCACUACACGUGCGCCACCGACACGCACAACAUCCGCAAGGUGUUCAAGGACGUGCGGGACUCGGUGCUGGCGCGCUACCUGGACGAGAUCAACCUGCUGUGAGCGUCGGGAGGCCGUGGCAUCAACCACAGGGCGGUCUGCGGGCGGAGUCCGCACCCCAAGGCCCUUGGCCGCCCCUGCCCGCGCCCGACCCCCCAGCCCCCCACCCUGCCUGGGACACAGACCCGAGGCCUCAGCCCCAUUUGACAGAGGGGGAAACUGAGGCCCAAGGACCGCCGGCCACUGUGCGCCAGCAGCGCCAGGUUCGAACCUGUGAAGCCCUCUGGAGCUGGGGGCCAUGGCGUGGGGAGCGCCCCACCCUGUCUCUCACCCGGGGCCAAGGGGUAUAGUCCCCUUGGGUGCAGUCCUGCGGCCCCUGACAGCAAAGAAAUAAAUGUAAAAAAUAGCUGUGGAUUCAAAGAAACAUUCU